CACCUGGCAAGAUUAAUGACAACACCUUUAUACGCCCCCAGGGCCUGCCGUGGAGAUGAAGCUCCACAUCAACAUCACAUCAACUAGGCGAUAAAAAGCACAAAGCCACAGUGGUUCACCAGGGUAAUUCAAAAUGUGUGUUGUUUAAAGCCACACUCAAAAAUAUCCCUGCAAUAUGGCAGUCGGUACAUAAUCGAGUCUGGGCCAGAUGAUGCAGUGGUUGAUAUCAUGAGCAACCAUCCUUGUCGUCGGGACACGAUGACAGGCCACCAACCACGUCACCAAGCCUGAACACUCGAUCCAUUAUUUCGCCCUUGACGUUCAGGCAUAGGUUGCUGGGUAUCAAUUCUAACCCGGAAUCACCACUGGGAAAAAAAUCAAGAUCGCAUGUUUACUGUUCACCAAACUGGACGUUUAUGCCCUGUAUUGUAUAAAGUGAAGACGCUACGAUAACAAGGAUGCACACGGACGACAUCAUCGAGGCCGUCGGGGGCAUGUCCCGCUUCCAGAUCCUCAUGGUUGUCUUCAUAUUCGGUCCAAAGAUGCUGAUGGCGUGGGGGAUGUUGAUGAUGUCGUUUGCGGGGACUACUCCAGAUUGGUGGUGUGUCCCAGCUACAGCGGCCUCUGUUGAUGAGACCGACUACAUGAACAACGUCACAUUGAAAUUGUGUCCCACCUCGGACAACAUCACCUGUCAGGUUGUGUUCAGCCAGGAUAAAAACACUGUCGCCAGCGAGUGGGAUCUCAUAUGUGACCAGAAUAUUCUCAAGUCCAUUAUCACAUCAGUUCAAAUGGCCGGAGUGUUCUUUGGGGCACUGUUUGGCGGACAGUCUGCUGACGUCCUCGGUCGGAAGUGGACUUACUUCAUCAGCCUGGUCCUUCAAAGUGGGUUCAAUCUGGUGGCAGCAUUCUCCGUCAACUGGCAGAUGUUUACAGCGUUGCGUUUUCUCAUCGGGAUGACGAUUGGCUCUCUUCUGGUUGUAAGCUACCCGUAUUUCAUGGAGUUCAUUGGAAGGAAAUGGCGACCAAUUGCAUCGGCAAUGCCAGUCUGGGUAACGGGUGUAUGUGUAUUUGCCCUGUCGAGCUGGUUGAGGCCUGACUGGUCUGAUCAACACAUCAUAGCGGCUGCCCUUCAUCUACCCUUCUUCGCCGGAUGGUUCUUUGUCCCAGAGAGUCUGCGCUGGUUGGCUGUAAAAGGGCGGACUGAUGAAGCUGAGAAAGUCGUGGAUCAGAUGAGUCGAUACAACAAAAGACAGAAGCCCACCAACACACUGCAGUUGCUGAAACAAGUGGCAGAAGAGGAGCAGAAACUGAGGGCGUCUGGCAGCAGGUACACGUACCUAGACAUCUACAGGGGCUGGAGCAUCUGCUGGAAGUCUCUCAUCAUACAGUUCAUCUGGAUGUGCAUGUCGCUGGUGUACUAUGGGAUAUCGUUCGGUGCAGGGAAACUCGCAGGCAACCUGUAUCUGAACAUCUUCCUUCUGGCAGUGGUGGAAGUGCCAGCCACUGUGAUGACGUUCUUCAUGAACAACAAAUUUGGCAGAAGAUGGACGGCUUUCAUUUUCUUUGCUGCAGCCACUGUCGGUUCCUUUGGUGUUUGCAUCGUCGCUAGAACAGUCGCUAAAGAUGACCAAGGGAUCAUUAUCAACGUCUUGGCUAUGGUGGCCAAACUCGGUGUUGGUGCUGCUUGGUGUGUUCUUCAGUUAUUGUCAAGUGAGACGUACCCGACUGUCACAAGAAAUUUGGGUUAUGGUGCGGCUAAUACAGCGGCUCGCAUUGGCGGAAUACUUGCUCCAUACAUCUUUGCAACGGGAGGAGAUGGUGAUGUCGUGGUGCCUUUCGUCAUUGUUGGAUCGACCAUGGCUGCCUGUGGAGUGUUAUCCCUGAUCCUGAAGGAGACGGGGGGUAAACCCCUCGCCGACACCCUGGGGGGCCAAGUGAACUCAUGUGGGGAUGUACAGAUGGUGGUGACAGCAGCUGACGUGGAAAAGACGAAGCUGUAAACACACUGGCUCAAACAAUCCGGCCACAACCCGAUGAACAGACACAAAAGAAACAAAUAUAUGGCUUUCCAUAUCUAGUGAGAGAGAGAGAGUUUUAGUUGUACUACAUGACAACAGUCUGUAAUAAUUCAAGUCUGGACCAGACAGUCAAGUGAUUGACUACAUGAACA